ACUCUUUAAAGUGAGUUUGCCAUGUGUGGGAAAGUUGUUGGUAGUAAAAGUGCCACGUCUUCUUCUAGGAGAGAGUCCUGAGCUUGCCAGAGGCCGUGAUCCUUAAGCCUAUAACUUCGUUUUUAACUCUCUGCACUCGGGGACCUUCUCUGUUUUCGUUGUGACUUCUUUCAGCGUAACAUGAGGUUUUUCUUGUGGAACGCGAUCUUGACGUUGUUAAUCACCUCUUUGAGUGGAGCUCUGAUCCCCGAGCCAGAAGUGAAAAUUGAAGUUCUCCAGAAGCCAUUCAUCUGCCAUCGCAAGACCAAAGGAGGGGAUUUGAUGUUGGUCCACUAUGAGGGCUACUUAGAAAAAGACGGCUCCUUAUUUCACUCCACUCACAAACAUAACAAUGGUCAGCCAAUUUGGUUUACUCUGGGCAUCCUGGAGGCACUCAAAGGCUGGGAUCGGGGCUUGAAGGGAAUGUGUGUGGGAGAAAAGAGAAAGCUCAUCAUUCCUCCUGCCCUGGGCUAUGGGAAAGAAGGAAAAGGUAAAAUCCCCCCAGAGAGUACACUGAUAUUCAACGUUGACCUCUUGGAGAUUCGAAAUGGACCAAGAUCCCAUGAGUCAUUCCAAGAAAUGGAUCUCAAUGAUGACUGGAAACUCUCUAAACACGAGGUUAAAGUAUAUUUAAAGAAGGAGUUUGAAAAGCAUGGUGCAGUAGUGAAUGAAAGUCAUCAUGAUGUUUUGGUGGAGGAUAUUUUUGAUAAAGAAGAUGAAGAUAAAGAUGGAUUUAUAUCUGCCAGAGAAUUUACAUAUAUACAUGAUGAGUUAUAGUGAUGUCUUCCCAUUUUAUAUAGCAUUUAUUUUGAAGAGAAGGCAAAUGUCUUUAAAGAAAAAUUUUUUAAAUGAUCUGUUCUUGCUUUUUAAAAUUUUUGUAUUAUUUUUCUGACUUAUUUAAAUAAUCCUUUAGGGUUUCUAAGUACCCAUUUCUUUCUGGUAAGUUAUUGAGAAGAAACAACUAAUUUGUCUUUGAAUGGAAGACUUUUGGACCAUUUUUCACUCUAUUAUUGUGUCACUUGUAUUUUAAAAUUGCCACCAGGAACAUGCCACAAUAUAAGACCAGGUUAUAGCAUAAAUCAGUACCUUGUAUUUCUACUUCCCUUUAUAUUCUCAAAGUUAGAUACUGACAUUUGAAAAGCCUUUUGUAAUAACUCAAGGCUUGCUAUUUUCAUGUUAUAAUGAAACAGUUUGUCUUUAACUGUUUUUGAGUCUCUUCUUGAGGUCAGGAGGAAAAUGGUGGACUUUUUAUUAACGGUUACUGCUUUACUGCAACACGGAAGUGAGGAGCAAUUCAUGGAUAUGUGCAUAUUGGAACAUUCUGCUUUGGACUAAAACUAAAUAAGGCCGGCCAGAGGAGCACUGGGCUCUGAGUUCUGGAGCUUCUCCAGAUUUCCAGUCAGCCCACUAAUAGAUGAGCUGCUCCUGCUGCGUGGGCUUCCAGGAAUUGGAGGGAUGCUACCAUUCUGAAUGACAGAGAUCUCGUCGGCCUUCAUCGCCAGCCCAUUGGAGAGCGCUGCUGCAUACUGAUUCCAGAAACUGGAAGGAUUUCCGCUUCCUGACCUCACCGGCAAAUCCUUCUGGAACAUUUCUAGGAACUUGACAGGAUUGCCUCCUAGAAAUAUCAUGGGGCCAUCCACGGAGAGCCGGUGGCCCCGGUGUGCAGGGGUGCUAUUCCACAUGUGCAUGCCCAUGUGUACCUUAAGAUUGCCUUUUGUUGUGAACGCUCUUCCACAAACAGUGCAAGCAAAGGGCUUCUCUCCAGUGUGAGUUCUCUCAUGGAUCUGAAGGGCACUUGACGAGGAGAAGGUUUUGCGGCACAUAUUGCAAUAGUGCUGUUUGGGAGUUCUGGGCAGAGCUGGGAGCAGAACUGGGGACGUGGCAGAGGAUGACAGAGGCCCAGGAGGGAUGUGACUGGUGAGGGUGUCCUUACUGUCCUGAGGAGAAACAUGCACAAAGCUGUUGACCUCUUUUGAUGAGAGAUGACAAGUUCUGAUUGGGGCCAAGGUUGGAACUGGGCUCAACGAGCUGUGAUGGUAGGUCUUGCAUCUGAUGUGUCAACAUGUGCAGAUGUUCGUAAAGUACCUUGAGAAGGAUUAGAAGAUGGCAAGUCUGUGUUCUGAAAAGCCAUCAGCAAUAUUUGGUGUCGAAUCUGUAUGAUCAGUUACAGUUGGUGGAUUUGCUGCUGCUGCAGCGCUAAGAGCUGCUCCAUGUGGGCUGAAAUGGCAGGUUUGCCUCUGGAGGACUUACUGCCCCUCACUUCCUGGGAAAACUGGGCCACCACCACCUUGGUGCUCUGGAGGUUCUUGAUGACGACGUUGUUACUGAUCACGGAGAAGUUGCCCAGCAUCGUCAGGUCCCCGAAUUGAGGUAGAGAGGUUGUGAUUGCUGAGGUACCUGUGGAGGAGCUGCCCUCGCGGCUUGGGGCGGUGCUACUGGUGCUGCUGCUAGACGUCCUACUGCCACUGUUGGGGGCCACUGAGACCUCCACCUCCAUGGAGUCUUCUCUGUCAAGUCCCUUGUGCUCUGAAAGGUCGCUCCAGUUUUCUUGAUCUGUUUUGUUCACCGUGUCUUUCAUUUGUUCAUCAGGAUUAUUGGGAGGGGGACUGGGUGAGGUCUUGGGUGGGGAGGCUGGAUUCUCAUUGAUGAUCAAAACUAAUUGGUUUUUAGUGCAGUUCUUCUUGUGGAGCAGAAGAUCUGAUAACUCAAAGAACUCAUCAUAGCACCGGUCACAGAUGUGGGCAUCCUUGCUCUUCGUGGGGCGACGGUUGACCCUUCUCUGUGUCUCCAUCUUGCAGGGGGAGCGAGGGCAAUUCAGGGUCGGAUUGGAAAUGUUGAGGCUCCGCUUGCUUCCUCCGCGACAUGCUGGCUCAAACAUCAGCUGGGGCAGAAUAAAAAAGUACUUUAAAAAAAAUCUCAAAAUUACGGAAAUCGAGCGGCAGUGGCUGCGGCUCCCCCUGCCCGCAGCGCGCAUGUGUCCUGCUAUAAUUAUGAUUAUCAAUAAUGCAUUGCUAUUAAUCAUAGAAGGGCUCUUUGAAAAGCUGUAGCAUUCUUAAUAGUAGGAUUUCUGUAUUCCCUUCAGAGCAGUGAAAUCCACACAUUCUCGCUCCCCUUCCCUUUAAAACAUCAACUGGGUAAUGUGCUGACUUACGUUACAAGGUUUAGAGGGAGGCACAUCUCACACAAUGGCAGGAACACUCAAUCAUCAUGGUUGAUGAAAAGAAAAAAGAAUCGAGAAAUACAUACAUUCUUACAUACGGAUUUGGAAUCUUUAUUUGAAGGGAAAUUCUUUUUUCUCUAUUUUGGGAGCUUGGAGGUAUAGUCCAAUGGUAGAGUGCUUGCCUAGCAUGUGUGAGGCCCUGGAUUUAAUGCCCAGCACUGAAAAUAAAAUUUAAAAACUA